AUGAAUGCUUGCGUAAAUCAACCACUUGGGUAUGGCAUUGCGCUAGAGUGUAAAGGGAUUCUUUUCUUCUUUAUGGGUAAAAAUAGGACAAUAUUUAGUGGCUAUGCAGCUCAAGAUUCUGAUUUUAAAUUUCUUUCACAAUUUUUAUGUAUAAAUAUUAGGGUUAUGACAAAAUCCGAGUUGAAUAAGUUGUGUAUGGAUGAGAAUGAUUCAAUGAUCAAUGCGGAAGUGCGAUGCAAGCAUGGAAUCUUAUUGCAAAUGCAGACGUCUUGGUCAGAUCGCAAUCCCGGAAGACGAUUUUGGUCUUGUCCUCACUAUGAGGCCACAAACUGUAAUUUUUUUAGAUGGAGAGACAAGGAGAGAGUCGAUGAAAGAUCUCGGUUUAUUCUUCCGAAAUUGGUGAAUAGGAUUAAUGAGUUAGAAGGAAAAUAUGAGCGUGUGAAGAUGCAAUUGGAACAGCUUGAUAAUUCCAACAUUGAACAGUCAAAACAAGAAAAAAUUCCUUUGGAUGAAGGUGAAAGUCUUCGAAAUCGUUAUGAAAAUCUCAACAUCAAUUCAAAGGGGAAGGGUCGUGCUAUAAAAGAAAUGGGUGAUUUGAAAGAGAAGAAAAUGAAAGGGAUGAAAAUGAAGAAAAAUGAUGAAGGCUGUCGUUGUUUUGGGAAAUUUCUUUGUUGUUUGAUGAUUUGUUUUGUUGUUAUAUUUGUUAGCUUUCUAACCCAAGUUGGUAGGUUGAAGGAUCAAAUGAAAUUGCCAUAAUUUUGUGUGGUAUUGAAACCUUU